AAUGUCACUACCAGAGAGUCACUACAGUGAUGUCUCCGGAUGUCUCUACGGGAACAAUCGAGCUCCCGAUUGGAUGAAACUGUCGACAACUAAUUUACGUCAAACGCGUGGUUACAUAAAUCCAAGUGUGUGCCAUAGAGUAGAGAUAUCGUAUAGAGUAGAGUAGAGAUAUUGUAUCUCUCCUCUAUGGUGUGUGCUUGUAUUCUUUGAUUUAAAUUGGAAGUGAUUUUAAGGUUACGAGCUGGCGGGAGAGGGAGACAACCAAUAGCGACAUUUGUUAUGACAAAUAUUUAGAAUCAAAGCUUUUGAUAGGAUGAUAGUAACCUCCUCUCAUUUCAGUUUGUUACUUUCAAAGGACUUACUUUUUUAAAUUAGAGAAUAAUAGAACUUCAUAAGCCCGCUGAGGCCAUCACUAAAAAGAAUGACCUCAUUUCUACUUCUCGUUUUUUGCUUUCGUUCACCGAUCUGGGGAUGUCGGAGUCGAUUGGUUUCGUUGAGGCAAAGAUAAAGCUCUGUGCCAUAAGGCUAAAAUCUGUUAUCUCUUAUAAUUUCAUGUUUGUAUUUACUUUUAAUAUUUCGGGAUGAAAAAUUCGUUCUGGCACUGAAAUUUUGGAUUGAGAGCAUUUGUGUGGAUGAGCGCCAGAAUUGGCCAGAAUCGUGUGAACGAAUAUGCGAAGAACGGUUCACAAAAUAGUCUCGGAGUCAAUAUAAAAGCCUGUUGAGAGAGAGAGAAUAGUAUGUGUUUAGGUUAUGUUUCGAUACGUUAAAACAAAUCUGUCAAGUAUGUAGAACUGAAACACAUGGAUAGCAGAAGUAAACUCGUCGUUUGCAACACGGAUACCAGUUAUGUACGUUUGUUCUUCUAAACUGUUGGUGUGACAGGUUACAUCCCUUGAAUAGACAUUGCGUCAUACGUCAGUAUGACUCGUUGAAAUAGAGCUGAUUCAAAGCGGAAACUUGCUAUUCGAUGUAUCUAGAACAUAGAGUGGGUAUAUAUAAUCCUCAGAUGGCACGCGGGUAGAGCAGUUGAAUUUUAUACCCCCAUCAGUUGUCAUCAUGGAGUUUCCAGAUUUGGGACAACAUUGUUCUGAAGUAACAUGCCAGCAGUUGGAUUUUCUACCAUUGAAGUGCGACGCAUGUGAAAACAUAUUUUGUCGUGAACAUAUUGCAUAUAAAGACCAUAAUUGUUCUUCAGCAUACAAGAAAGAUGUGCAAGUACCGGUUUGCCCUUUGUGCAACACUCCAGUACCUUUAAAAAAAGGUGAAACACCAGAUUUUGUUGUUGGACAACAUAUUGAUAAUGACUGUCAGUCAGAUCCAGCAAGAAGUAAGAGAAAAGUUUUCAACAACAAGUGUUCUGCUAAAGGUUGCAAAGUAAAAGAGGUAAUACCUGUAAUUUGCAACAAAUGCAAAUUAAAUUUUUGCUUGAAACAUAGACAUGAAGCUGACCAUCAAUGUGAAGGAGAAGCUGGUGCUGCAAAGCGAAAAGCGAUGGAAGCUGCUCUAGCAAGACAGAAGGCCCGGAAUGGUCAGUCAUUGCAUCAUCAGGGAGGUGGGCCCUCAGGUUCUAACUCCCAUGUCCUGGCUAAUGGCCCUACUCGCUCGCAGAAUAAUGGACCAUUUCAUCUACAGAAUGGAGGGCUAUCACAUACACACAAGAGUUCCCAACUAAGAAGUAAGCAGAGAGCAACAGCUACAGAUGUGCAGGGAUCUAUGAGUGAAGAUGAAGCACUUGCGCGAGCUUUGGCUUUGUCUAUGCAGGAAACGAGUCAGCUGCAGAAUCAACCCAAUGCUUUAAGUAAUUCAAAUGAUCAGAUAACCAGUGAUUUCAUGCUAGCCCAAGCUCUUGCAGAAUCUGAGCAGCCAACCACAUCUGCAAGGUCUACACAGAAUAAAUGUGCUGUGUCAUAAAUUUUAAGUUUUUGUAAUAUUAAUUAUUAAAAUUGUAUUGUACAUAAAGUAUAUAUAUUUGAAAUACAUUCCAAACUGUACAUUAUAAAAACCUUUUCACAUGUUUGAAAAAUUUGAGAUGGAUCUGAUGUUAUAAUUGUAAUUAAGGCUAUGAUUGUCUACGCAAUAUUUAUAUUUUACAACACACAUUUGUCAGACAUUAUUAUAAUAAGUAUGUAUUUUGUGACUAUUCUAUUUAUUACACAUUACAACAUAUAUUGCUAAUGUAGACAUUUGUAAUGCUGGGAUACGAUCAUUUCAUUCACCUGUGUCAUCAAUUAUUUCAGAACUUCAGUAAUGUCAUGUACACAUUAUAAAUCCAAAUAAUAGAAAGUGGUGAUAAAUUUAAAGAAGAUGAAGAUCUGCUUCUUAAAAGCUAAUGUCAAUCAUUAAUGAAAAAUAUAGUUUUAUUUAAAGUUUAUUUUUGUUGUGUAUUAUUAACAUUGUAAAGAAGUUUUAUUUCCUUAUCACAUGGAACAAUCUGAGUGAACAUUGUUACAAGAGGCCGAUUAAGAAAGUAUUUCAUUUGUGUGUGGGUGCGUGCAAGAGAGGGGGGGAUCUAGCAAUUCCACUGGGAAACCUUAUCUCCCUAAAUAUUUUUUUAUUGGUUUUUUGCCCCCCCCCCCCUUUUUUUUUAUUUUCCACUUCAUCUGGAUCCACCAUUGAUUGUUACUCCAAUUUAUGUUUAUCAACCAAUAAAGAAAAUAUCUUAAGGUACUAGAAAAAGAAAUUAAAGAAAACUCAUACAGUUGACUCCGGUUCUAGUGAACUUCUCGGGACUAACAUAUUUGGUUCACUAUAUCCCAUGAUCUCAAAAUUAAAUGGAAUUUGUUCACAAUAAUUGAUUUUAGUAAUGUAGAGAUAUAUAGCAAAGUUCAUUAUCAGCACAAACUGAACAUUUCAUUAUUUUUAUUUGUACUUAAAAAAUUAUUUUCAAUUGUCUGCUUCUUAGAAAACUUUCUUUCUCUAGAGCCUUCCCCAGAGUUUGUGCUCUCACCUUACUUGAUUCUGCGUUGUCCUCUGUCAGUAUCGCAAUGCUGUCUUGACACCAUUCAACACCUCUUGUACUGUUGGAACACCAACUCUCUGAAGGCCUCUUUAAUCACCUAAUACCAUAAAAGAUCCAAGUAAUUUCCAAGAACUUCUUCCUAUGAUCACUAUAGCUAAGGUUCAGGUUCACUAUAACCGAAUCUACAUAUGCUUAUUUGCAAUGUAAGUGAAACGGCACCAGUGACUUAAAUUCACUAUAACUGAGGGUUUGCUGUAUCGUGAGUUCCCUAUAACUGGAGUCAACUGUAUGUCCUAAAUAAAUAAACUUUAUUAUUUGGAGUGAAAAAAAAUCGAAUCCAAAAUACCAAUAAAUGAUAUGGCUAAGAAAGCAAGGAAAAACUGGAAAAGAUGACAAAAUUUGGUAUUGUCUGAAAAAAACUCAGGAUUUUUGCUUUUGCUUUGCCUUUAUUUUGGGAUAAAUUUAGUUAUGCCAUAUUGCUGAUGUAUUGCACUAAAUGUUAUUGGAAAAGCAGCAUUAUACUUGGAUUUAAAAAUGGGUUCAGUCAACGUAAAUCAGCUGUUAUGGUGCCAUCCAAUUGGGAGAUAAAAUAUCACCAUAGUGACAUCACUAUAGUGAUAUGUAAGCUCCUGAUUGGAUGACAUCAUAACAGCUGAUGAACUGUUAAAUGAAGCUCUAAAUAAAUUGAAGAAUUGAGAAAAGUGAAGUCAGUCUUCCCCUUGCAUGUUCACUUGUAAGCAUAAGGCUGUUGCAAACCUAAAAUUGUCUGGAAAAGUUCGUAAUAUUCUCUAAUUCACAUGUAAUACCGUUUAAUCGUAGUGAUAUGUAAAAAUGAUUUAAAAAUACUUGUAUUACUAAAUUGUUGAAGGUUUUUAUCAUUGACUUUAUAAUUUUAGCAUUCAUUUUUUUUCAUUUUCAAAUUAUAUUAUAUUAACAAUUGCAUAGUUUUUAUUCAUAUACAGUUGGUUUCAUGCAGAGUGAACUGUCCUUGCAUGAUUCAGUGUGAAGUCUUAAAAUUAUCUAGUAUUUGUAAUUUUAAUUGAAAUAUAUGUUUUGGGGUCUUGAAAUCCUAAAUCUUAAUGCUUCAAAAUAGUUUAUUAACAUGAAAUCUCAAAAUUUAAGAGCUGGAAAUGUCUGGGAGUGUUUUGAAAUUUCAAAUGUGUAACACUUUUAUCUAGAUCGCUGUAAACAAACUAUACAUUUUUAAAAAACCUCAUGAAUUGUACCUAUCUUAGAUAAAGAAUUUUUCUUAUCCAUCAGAAUUAUAAGGAAUGAACUUCUAAAACUGCACUUGAGAAUGUAAAGGAAAUUCUAGUAUCGUGACUUGAAUAUAAUGUUCUAAGCAAAUUGUUCCAUUAGCACUUUUUAAGCAAAAUCACUUUCUACUAAUAGUUUUUAAAGUGGAAUACAUGGUAGUUUUGCAUUGUGGUUUUUCAAGUUCUUCAGAUUCUAAUUUUUCAGUUGCUUGGUUUCCAAAGAUUAUUAUGCGAUACCAAGUAAUUUUAACGAUAACAUACAUUUAAUACACGAGUAAGUGAUUUAAUCCUCACCAGUAAUUAUAUCUAUCUCAGUAAAAUACUUUACAAAUGAAAUGAGAAAUAAUACUUCAUAAUUAAGUCCUGUUGUUAUUCUCUAAAGAAUGCAUGAAGGUUUAUGAGAAUGAGCUUGACCAAGAUAGUUUUGUUUUUGAUUUCCACCUUGUUUAGAUGUAGAGAUGUUUUUAGUAGUAAAGAUUAUUGUACUAAUUUUGUAUUAAUCUGUAAAUUAAGACGUUCCUCAAACAUUUAUUUUGCCAUUUUCAAUCGUUUUUAUUAUCAAGAAAUUCAAAUGUACAUCUUCGUUAGUUUCAAUUCAAAAUAAAAAUUAAAUACAUAAUAAAAAUUUUAACAUGCAAGUGAAAGUAACUGUUUCUACAAUGUUAAUUACAUAAUACAUCUUUGUAUACAUUUUAUUUUUCUACAUCAAUGGUAUAUUUAUAAGUGACACUUUGGUCCUGAUGAUAUAGAGUGUUUGUGAAAAUGCCAAAAUAUAUAGUUGUUGUUUAGAAAUGUUGUUAUAAAAUCAGGAAACUCUCUUUUUGUUACUAGUUCCAAAAAUAUUUCUUUUGCUGCAAUGAUCUUCUGGUAAUCAUCAAUAGAGUUGCAGAACUGAUUAUUUUUCUUACACUCUGUGAUAAAUUCACUAGCAAAUUUGCUCACAAGAUGUUUUGAUACUAUUCCAUUGACAUCUUCCAUACUUGCCUAGAAAACAUGCAUUAAAAAUGAAUAAUUACUGGCAUAGACUAUAUAUAAACAAUUUUAAAAUUUUCUUCUCUCUUCUCCCAAAGAUAUUUGCUUGUUCAAGUGCUUAUGGGAAAUCUUGGAAAGAUUGAUACUAAAAUUUUAGAGUUAAGUAAUGGCAAUUCAGAUUUUUAUGGAAUGUUUUAAAUAGGAACAUUAUUGGUUGUUAAGAGAAAGUCGCUAAUUUGCAUUGUCACUGCCAUUCACAUCUGUCAAUUAAUACAUGUGGCCUUUGUUAUAAUUAUUAUAAUCAUUUAAAUAAACUUGUACACAGAAGCACGUAAAUACAUUUUUUCCCAUCCUUUAUCCUUGUCAGAUAUACAUUAGAAAUUCUUUAUUGUGCUGCUUUGCAAUCAAGAGAGAGUGAAACGCCUCAUUCAUGUUCCUGAAAUUUAUGUUGUCCAUACUUUAACAUGCAUUUACAUCCCAGUCCAUUCAUUUUGUGUAUGUUCUCAAUGUAACAUUCCUGCUUUCAUUCUUUCAAAAUUAAAGUUUCCCAUUAUUUACAUUUUUUAAUUGACUGUAAAUUAAGUGUUACAUUGUGGAUUUUGUAAUCGGGUAAAGACAGAAUUAUUCCAUACUUUUCCUGGUAUUCUAAGCUAAGCUAUUGUUAUUGUUUCUAAUUUUGAUAAUUUUUAUUGUGAUGUAGAUUGCCUACUUGUAGCAAGCUAUUUCACCUGCAUAUUACCAGAUAAGCAACAAGUCAAAUGCUUGCAAAACUUCCA